CGAGACUUGUUCACGACACGUUCUUGAUGAUUGAGCGGCUUUUAGGAUCAGAUUAAUCCAAGACAAGAAUUCACAGUUGACCUUUUUAAUCGUUGAUUGACUCGUGAAUACUUGUAAAAUGUCCAGGCAUCCGGAUCGUGCAGAUGUCCAGCAGCCGAUGAUGAUAAAAAAAGAAGUUGUCCCUGAGCAGCAGAACAAGAGCUCUAGUCUUAAACAGGAGCCAGAAGCAACACACAUUAAAGAGGAACAGGAGGAAUUGUGGAUCAGUCAGGAGAGAGAGCAGCGCCCAGGAGCAGAGGACGCUGGUAUCAGCAUGUUCAGUUUCAUUCCUGUUCCUGUGAAGAGUGAAGAAGAGGAUGACAUGAAACCUCAAUUCCCAGAGCUUGAUGGAAACAAACAUGAAGAAGACAGUGACACAGAGAAUUUGAAAACAGAAUCUGAUGGAGAGAACUGUGGGGGAUCAAAAGCUGACAAGAAAACAGAUCUUUCUGGAACUGAGACUGAUGACAGUGCUGAUUGGGAGGAGAGUGAUGAACAUCAGGAAGGUUUGGAACCCCUGCAAAACAAGCACAUCACAGCUGUAAGUGAUGUGAAAUAUAGCACUGGAAAUGCAUCAAAUAUCUCCUCUGAAUGUGCUCCAAGCACCAAAGGACCACAUAAAGAAGAAAAACGAUUUAGUUGUUCAGUGUGUCAUAAAUCUUUUUCUAGACGAUGGUAUUUAAAGCAACACUUAAAUGUCCACAAAGAGGAGAAACCUUUCAGUUGUUCAGUUUGUCAUAAAAAAUUUUCUUACAAAAGAACACUGAAGAUCCACUCUGCUGUCCACACUGCAGAAAAACCACUUACUUGUUCAGUUUGUCAUAAAACAUUUUCUUACGAAAGAAAUCUUAAGCUCCACUUCUCUGUCCACACAGGGGAGACCCCAUUUAGUUGCUCAGUUUGCAAUAAGAAAUUUUCUCAUAAGGGACUUUUGAAUGAACACUUGAAUAUCCACACAGGGGAGAAACCAUUUCGCUGUUCAGUUUGUGGUAACAGAUUUGCCCACAGAGGGAAACUGAGGCAACACUUGGCUGUCCACACAGGGGAGAAACCAUUUAGCUGUUCAGUUUGUGAUAUAAGAUUCACUCGCAGAGGAAGUCUGACUCAACACAUGAAUGUCCACACAGGAGAGAAACCAUUCAGCUGUAAAGUUUGUGGUAAAGGAUUUCCUCGCCAAGGAUGUCUGAGGCAACACUUGACUGUCCACACAGGGGAGAAACUUUUUAGCUGUUCAAUUUGUAAUGGAAAAUUUUCUCACAGAAGAAAUUUGAAGAGACAUUUGGCUGUCCAUACAGGGGAGAAACCAUUUGGUUGCUCAGUUUGUAAUAAAAGAUUUUCCCAGCAUGGAGAUCUAAAGAGACACUUGGCUAUCCACACAGGGGAGAAACAGUUAAGUUGCUUGGUCUAACAAUCAUCAAUUUUUUAAAUGGCCAAAUUAGUGGCUCAUUAAUGACCUGACUUCCAUAGACAUUGUCCUAACCCCCUUCUGUGAUUUAGAGUUACAAAUGAGUGUCACUGGUUAAGCUAAGAGCAUUUUGUAUUUACACAGCGUGUAUAAUUGGAAUUUGGAUUCAAAUGUUUAAGAUAUUCAAUACAAACUGUGAUUUAAACCCUUAAAACCAGUCUGGUUUUAGAGCAGGUCACAGCACUGUGACAGCCCUCCUCAAGGUGAUCAAUGAUUUACUUUUAGCAGUUUGCAGAGGGGAGGGAGCAAUUUUAGUUCUUUUAGAUCUCAGUGCUGCUUUUGAUGAUGUUGAUCACAAUAUUUUAAAAAAUUGUCUUAGAAACUGAGUGGGCAUCAGGGACACUGCGUUUAGCUGGUUUUAUUCCUAUCUUUUAGAGUGAACCUUUGUGGUCACCAUAGAUAAUCACAACUCCUCUACCUCCACUAUUACUUCUGGUGUACUGCAAGGUUCUGUUUUAGGUAAAAUUUUAUUUGCUGUCCCCUUGCCAAAUAAUUAAGAAUAACAAAGUUUCAUUUCACUGCUAUGCAGACGACACAUGGGUAUGAGCCCUGAGGAUCCUAGAAGCCUAGACUGCCGGUCUUACAAUAACCAUUACAUUAACUUACAACUUAACAACUGCAAACUUGAAAUCGUUGUCUUCAAUUUAAAAUAUUCCUCAAAUAUAAUUAAAAACACCCUUGGUUUAUUUUGAACAAAUAUCAAAUCAAAAGCCAGAAAACUAGGAGUUCAAUUUGAUUCUAGCCUCACCUUUGCAGCACACAUCAACAAAAUCAUAUAAUCAUUUUUCUUUUAUUAAGCAGUAUUACAAAAUGAAAACAAUCCCCAGUCAGACAUGGAAAAAGUCAUUCACGCCCUCAUUUUUCCCCGUCUUGAUAACUGCAACUCUCUUCUUUCUGGUGUUAGCCAAAAAGCUCUUUCCCACCUCCAACUGGUCCACAAUGCAGCUGCUAGGCUUCUAACUGGUUUUAACAGACAACACCACACCAAUUUUAACCUCUUUACAUUGGCUUCCUGUUAGUUUUUCUUUGUUUGCCAGGAGCCCAUUGGUUCUUAUGAUGUCUCAUGAUGCCUUACUUCUUAUGGUGUCUUUAAAUGUCUUAGUUCUUGUGAUGUCAUGGGAUAUCUUAGCUUUUAUGAUAUCUUGGGAUUUUUAGUUCUAAUAAUGUUUCAUGUUGUCUGGGUUAUAAUGUUUUUUGGGUUUAAUAUGUACAUUAGGUUUUGAUUUUGUUUCAGUUCUUCUACCUUGAGUGUUCUUUUCAUGUUGUUUUGCUGUCUUUAUCCUUUGUUCGGGUUCUACUGCUUUUUUUUCUGCAUGUAAAAACACUUUGUAAACCCUUCUUUUUAA